UAAUUUAUAAUUAUAUACACAAUAAAUUAUCGUUACACACGAUGGAGAGAGAGGAUACAACGGUAUUAACGAAAAAUCACUCGAAAUAAAAAAAGUUAUUGUGUUCUCAAAGAUGUCUACGGACGAGGAUUUCUCCCUUAUAAUUAACGGUGAUUCUUCGGAACACUUGGAGGACAUAAUGAAGGAGAUCAACAAAAGCAAGACUCAGCAUGAAGCUUUAUUGAAGGAACAAAAAAUAAUCAAAGAUGCCAUAGAUAACAGCAAAACCUAUGCUAAGGAAUUUAAACAACGCACCAUGGAGAGAAAAAUUUCUUUCGAGGAAGAUAACAAGAGACAUACUGAGACACUGAAUAAAGAGAAGGUAAAACUGAAAACUGCACAAAAGGAACAAAAUAGACUGAGGAUGGAGAUCUUGAAAAUGAAGGAGGAGUUGGGAAGCCUGGAGAGAAAAAAUGACUCGCUGAGACAGCAAACUGAGAUCUCUACUGCAGUGCCUGAGAAGAAAGUUGUCUUUCAAGGAGCGACAGAUCAAUGUGCACAUGCUAUGAGCUUUGAUGUGAAUCCACGUAUAGUUUAUCCAAUGGAGGGGGGAACCGCACUAAUUACAUUUGAGGAAGAGGAAGUGGCUCAGAAGAUCUUGAGCAUGAAGGAGCAUCGGGUGGAGCUUGGGGAGUGUGCCAUUAAUGUCGAGGCUAAACCAGUUCAGUUUCUGGUACCCAGAUAUGUUGAGAUGAACACAAAGGUUUGCCAACGCAGAAUCUUAAUCUCUAACCUCCCAAAAAAAAUAUCUGAGGAUCGACUAUUAGACAAACUGGACAUACAUUUCUCUAAGAAAAAGAAUGGAGGAGGCGAGGUGGAGGACAAAGACAUGCUGCACGACUCAGGCACUGUGGUCGUUACCUUCGUAGAUGACGAUGUUGCAAAAGGUCUCUCAGACAAACAAGAUCAUGAGGUAGAGAUUGAGAAAAACAGGAAGCACAAGGUGAAGGUCACGCCAUUCCUCAAUGGCGAGAUUUCACAGCUCCAGACCUGUGACUCAGUAUGCCUGCGCACAGUGCAGCUUACAGGCAUCCCUGCCAUUAUGGACCUAGAGAGCCUGCAGGACCACCUGGAGAUACACUUUCAGAAGACGGUCAAUGGUGGUGGAGAGGUGGACAGCAUCAUCUACAACCCUCUGGGCCACACCACCCUAGCUCUGUUUGAGGAAGAUCCUCCUAAAGACAGCCAGAGUGUGUGAGAAAGAAUAUCUCGACAGAUACCUCAGUUUAUAAACCAUUAAAUCUCAGCGAUCCAGUGCUACCUUUGUACAAAAAACAAGAUGCAUUAUUCAUAAUGGAAUUUAUAGUGCUCUUUAUAAACUCUUUAUUUGGGCUUAUAUUGCAGAAGAACAAUAUCAUAUGGAUAGUUUCUACUUCUCAUACUUUCUUUGCAUUUUACAUACAAUGUUUAUGCAUUUGGCAGAUGCUUUAAUCCAAAGCGACAAAGUGCAUUCAAGGUACAUUUUAUCAAUUUUUUAAACAUGCUUCAUGGAUAAAAUUAAUCUUGCAUUGUUUAGUUUAAAAAUACUUAUUUAAGAAUUAAGUAUUUUGAAGGUAAAGUUUAAUGUGGGGCUGUAAUACUAUAAGAUUGGUGAUUAUGGGAUAUUAUCUGAUUAAAAUAAAUAUAUAUAAAAAAGAAAAUGUCUCAAAUCCAUCAUGUUAUCUGUGAAAUAACAAAAUCAGUCUAAUAAAUAAAGGUCGCAAACUGCCUUUGUGGUGUUGGUAUGUGUGUUAAUGUUUGCAUGUGAGCCAUACGGUUAGGGCUUGGUGAUAUUGCGAUGAUUUUGCCGGCGAUAUAAACUUAAGCAAUAUUGGAAUAUCACGAUGAUAGUAGUGUGCUAAAGGGCUUCCUAAAAAGUGCGACAUUAGACUGAUUGCAUGAUCCUUCAGGGCUAUGAUGAUGCAUGCAGGGCUCUUUUAAGCGGUCCCAGUUUGCGUGCAUUAUGAAUGUGUAGGCUAACCGCUAAGUUAUUAUGAAAUCCUAAAAAAGGGACAAAAUAUAACAGAAAAGCCGGAUUUGUAGUUAGAAACAUUGCAAAUUGUCAAAUACACACUGCACUUUCCGUGUUCCGACGAGAACGGUACGCUAUUUAACAGGCUGGUACUGUUAAUGCGCAUCCUUGUCUCUGUAAAUACGACAGCACUUUCAGCUUUCCACCUAAAUAAAAGCUUCAGGUGAAGUACAGCAACAGCAUUCCUGUUGUACAAAAUAAAUAUAAUCUUUAUACUAAUGACAAUAAAAAAAUAAAAAAAAUCUGUAUUCUAUUGUAUCAUACAUAAUACAAUAAACUGGGCUCCAAAAGUGAGUGAAAUGUAGUUCCCUUACGACUCCGUACACAUGACAUUGUGUAGCUACGCAUAUAUAUAUAUAUAUAUAUAUAUAUAUAUAUAUAUAUAUAUAUAUACACACAUACACACACACUCA